CUUAAUCUCAUUGGGGAUGAUAAAAUCCAGCGGGAGCUCGACGGAACAACGCGAAAUGUGAAAUUGUUCCAGGAUGUCUCUGCACAGAUGUCCGAACGCGGAUUGUCGAGGACUUUCCUGCAGUGUUGGGAAAAACUCAAAAAGAUGAAGAGUGAAUAUCGCCAAGUUAAGGACAACAAUAACACGAGUGGUGCGGGUAGGAUACAAUGGAAGUUGUUCGACUUGUCCAACCAUAUUUACGGCCAUAGACCGGCCAACGUUGGGAGGGAGGGAGGCCUGGACUCUGCAACGGCUUUACUGGAGUCCCUGCAAGAUGAUUACAUUGGGACUAGUGAGGAGGAACAUUCCCGAACAACGGGUGAUGGCAGUGUUCCGUCCACAACAUCGUCAUCGACCACAGACACUAGCCAAAGAACCGACACCAACUCAACCACCAACGCCGAGUGCCAUCACGACACCGCAGCAUGUGGUUCUAGGCAAGAGGAAACGAGGAGGAGAGGAUCGGGCCCAGCAGGAACGGCACCAUGAACAGCACAUGGCCCAGCAGGAACGGCACUUGGGCUGGGCCAAAGCGUCUGCUGAGCGGAGAUGGGAGUUGGAUGCGGCCUUGAGAAGGGAGGAGGCCGCCUUGAGAAGGGAGGAGGCCGUCUUGAGAAGGGAGGAGGCCGUCUUGAGAAGGGAGGAGGCCGCCUUGAGAAGGGAGGAGGCCGUCUUGAGAAGGGAGGAGGCCGUCUUGAGAAGGGAGGAGGCCGUCUUGAGAAGGGAGGAGGCCGUCUUGAGAAGGGAGGAGGCCGCUCAAGCAGAGACCUUCAACCUAGCCUUCCUGCGCAUUCUUGGCGAGGUGCUAGGGGGACUGGGCAGCCGACGUGGCCCGUCUCCUCCGUGAUACUUCAAAUA